CGCAUUUCACACACAACAGCAACAACAACAACACAAUCCACGAUGUCUAACAGAAUGAAUAUCACAUUCACACUGCCAAAGGGAAACUGGCACGAGACCCAGCACCGAAACCGCCGAGGUGGCAUUACCAAGAAAUACAGAACGCCUCACAAACUGAAUUUCACAUUCAACCUGGGAGAAAAAGCUCAGAUACACCGCAAGGGCCAGGGUUGCCGUUACCACUUACGCCACAACCACAGGAGGCAGACCCAGAACUUCCGCGGUGGCAAGCAUCCCAGAAACAGCGAACGCUGGCGGCAGCACAAUAAAAGGACUCAGCAGCAACAGGCACAGCCGCAGCCGCAGGGGAUACCAAGCCAGUUCUACGAGACGGUGUCUCCAAGUGACUUCCAAUCCUGGGAGCGUCAUAACCGCCUCAGUCCAAUGACCAUGUCCCAGGACUACACCUGGCAGCAAUCGGCUCCAAAUACCCCCUCGCAACAACAGCAGGUCGAAACCCAAUGUUUACUGCAACCCCCAGAACAACGUCAGUCACAGCGGGUACCGAGCCAGUUUUACGAGACGAUGAAUCCAAGGGAAUUCAGAUCUUGGGAGCGUUUGAACCGUUUAAACCAAGCGACCCAGAACCACCACGUCUGGCAGUCACCGGCUCUAAUCAAUUCCUCGCAACAGCAGCAAUACGACACCCAACACUUGCUGGACCAAGAGAUUGAGAAGAUGCGUCAGAAUCACCAGAGCUAGACCCAACAGGAGCAGUUGAGGGAUGAGAGACAACGAAACCUGCAGCAAUGUCUUGACAACAUGCGCAGGCAGUACCAACUUGAGACCCAGCAGGCGCAGUAUAAUACUCAGUCGAGUCCUGAGGGCUCUAGGUCUCCUUCUACAUUGCGUGCGUGUCCGGGUAUCGACGAGGAC